AAUCCCAUGUAGUUAAUGAAUUAUGGGGAAAGAUAAAUCUGCGUUGGUUCUUUUCAUAUGAACGAAAAAGCAAAGUUUUUUUUCUAGAACAAUGUGCAUGUGUGUGUUCGAGAGUAAUUUUCUCCACGCCUAUAUUAACUACGAAGUAUCCGUUAUAUACAAAAUGAGAAAACAUCUCUUGGGAAGGCAAUAAAACUCGUCUUGAAAAGCUUCGAUGUAUCAUUGGAAGCUGGUAGUAGUUUAAUUUUAAGACUUUACAUUAAAUGUAACUAGGCCUUGGAACCAUACUUUGAGAAACCCUAGUUUUGACAUUUUUGCCUGUUACUAACGGCUCGAAACGCUCUGUGUCGAUGUCUCUCUCUAUAAAUAACACUACUACGAAUGGUUCUCUCCUCAUUCACAAAACAUUGACGUUAAACUUUUAUACUCUCUCAACAAUGGCCGAGUCAAGAAACGAAGGAAGUUCAUAUGUAAUACCAAAUAUUGACGCAUUUUGUGAUGGUUAUAUCUCUUGCAUGGAGGCAAUCUCGGGUCUGUCUAUUACGUCCAGGAAUCUUCAUCUCCCAGAACAGGGCGUUUCAGUUGAAUACCUACCAGAGCAUCAGAAACUGAAGAUCCCAGCUGCACUGGGAAUGUCAUGGACUACAACGAUCCCGACACUCUGCCACACACGCCCCACUCUCUACUCCAGGUUCUGGAAGGUCGCCUCAAUGCCCUACACCGAGAUAGAGUCACUCGUGAAGACUAUACACACGACCACUGUUCAGAAGAUCCGUGAAGUAGUCGACGGUCUUGAAAUGAUGACACCUUCUUCCAAGAGACCUACGUGGGAGACUAUGGAAGAAGAUUCAGAUGAAAUGUUUGGUAACCUAAGCAAAGUCUUACAGUUUAACUGCGACAUUCGAGACUUUGGUUAUCUCCUUACUGAGAAUGCCACUGUCACCGAUUCUGCAUGGUGCAGUAACGUUGAUAAUGUUUCUUCAGCUCGUUUACGUAUCAAGCUGAAGCCAUAUACUCUUCAUAUGAUUGCUGCUCUUAACCUUGGCUCUGUUGGGGAUUAUCCUCUUGGAGCUUGGGUUCGUGCUUAUGGGUUAGGCGUUGGGAUCUAUCCUGCCUUAGGAAGCGCCUUUAAGACAGAAGCAGUUUGUACAACUAAGUUGCCUUCUACCGAUGAGGAAGCCGAUGUUCUAGCGUUUCAACAGAGCUACGAAGAGGUUCUUGAGAACCUAUGUCUUAACAUCUUGGCGGUCUUUGGGUUACUACACUUGAGCAAGGACAAGACUUAUGUUAGAGGAGACGAGUACAUGGGUCGCAUUGGUAACUCUUACUUGGAAACACUCAAGACUCCUGAUACAUCUAAUGUGAUCAUUACCAAACACAAGGAGUGUCUUCUACGUAUUGCUCCACAUCCUUUUGGUAUUGCACAAACAUAUUGGCUUGCAAAGGUUAUGUAUAAGCAUCAGCUUAUAAUGCCUUCUCUAGUUCUACGUUUCAAUCUUCCAACUCCACCUCCUAUUCAGAGGAUAAUAGUGAUACUUGAAGCUGCUAGAGAGUGGGAGAAUCUACCAGCAGCCAGAGAUGUGUUGGAAAUGUUUAGUGCUAAUCUUUCUCGUUUGAAGACACAAGAGAUUGCCAUUAAGGAAGCUCCUCCAAGGUACUCAGACUUGUAUAGGUUCUAUGGAUGUGAAGAGAAGAUUGUGAUGUCAAGUGAGGUUUUGGCUGAUUUGACUGCUUUGAUGCCUGCUACUUACUGUUUUGCAAUGGUUGCACACGUGAGUAAGGACGGGAAGAAGAAGGAUGGUAUCGCUCUAGCUCGCUGUCUGAAGAGUGUGGAACGUGAUUCGAAACUUAUCGGUAAUUUCUGGAAGAAAAUGUGGAGAAACAAGUUGCAAUAGAAGCUAGAACUCGCUUCUGAGAGAUCUAAGUAUUGAGAAGUAAUGUAAUCAUGUAUUGCA